CCAGGCUGGCAGAUCUGUAGGAGGCUAAAAAUAUUUACAAGUUGCAAUGCACAAAAUAUCUGUUUUGGUCCUCCUGAGUAUUGCACAUUCUCUAAAUAGUGUAACCAAAGGAAGCUAUGCAUCAAGCAAGAAAGAAAUGCCAGGUGCCCACUUUCAUUAUUCCAGCGAGGAAAUCCAUGUGCUCUCUCAGGGUGUCCUGAAGCUUGGAGCUGGGUUAAAGGAGCAGGUUGACCAUACUAAAGAGAAAAUUACCUACAUCUGUCAACAGCUCAACAUUUUUAACAACUCCUUGAUAGAAUUACUGGAGCAGGUCAGCCUAAAUAAGAGGCUGAGAAAUGGUCUUAUGGAAAAAACUCAGCAACUUGAAACUAGGAACCAAGUUCUGGGCAGGCUCUCUGCAGAGCUCCAGAACCAGCUUGGUGAAGUGAUGCACUACAGAAUGACUUUCAACACCAAGCUGGAAUUUUUAAAGGAGAAGAUAGAGAAUGCCCUAAAUUACAAGACUAACACCAGUACUUCAGUGAGUAUGACUGACAUUAUGUCUUUUGUGCAAACUCAAAGCAUAAGAAUUGAUGAGUUGCUUACUGAAGUGGAGCUGCAGGAAGACCAAAUUAGUAUACAAGAUGCCCUCAUUCAAAAGUUACUGAAAAAGGUUAGGCCAAAAAGCAAGCUAGCCAGACAGCGGAAGACCAAUGGAAUCAGGAAGAAAAUAGCAGAUUUUUCUGAGAUGCAGAACACAACAUUAUCAGUACAUGAGAGUAUAUGAAAGACAAUCACAGGAUUAAAAUAUUUUACCAGGGAUCUAUGCAGUGUAAAUGCAGAUAUGCUAUUAGGAUUUCUAUCUUGAUUUAGAAGGCUAACAUGCAAGAAAGCUAGGGGCUGUCUUGUUCAAUAGUUUUUAUCUUUUAACAAACUGCAUGGCCAAGGUGCUGAAAAGUUUUGCAAAAAUAUUGUUAUUGUAGCGUGAAUAUGACAGUUACCUAGUAGCUUGCUCCUAACAGAAAUGUUGUAGAUAUGUAAACACUGGUUACAAAGCAAAUAUUUUAAGGUAUUGAAAAAAAUUAGUGCAUCUGAUUUUUUAAAAAAAAUGUUUUUAGACAUUUUUUAGAACUAUGGUUUAUCAUGAAGAUUAUGGAAAUUCAUGUUUUAUUCAGUUUCUCAGCUCACUGACUUGACUGCACAGUGAUCUACAUGCCAUAUGGUAUAUAUUUCACCAAUCGUAUAUUACAUAACUAAUGGAAUUUAUUAUGGCACGUAGAGUGUAAUGCAUCAGUUGAAAGCACUGUGAUACACAAGCUAUAUGCAGGAGGAAUGCUUGUGCCACUAGACUAGAGUGACCAGAUGUCCUGAUUUUAUAGGGACAGUCCUGAUUUUUGGGGUCUUCUUCUUCUAUUGGGUCCUAUUACCCCCACCCCUCACCCCUGUCCUGAUUUUCAUAUUUGCUGUCUGGUCACCCUACACUAGACUGC